AGUAGAUUUGCCGUUCGCUUGUGCUUAGAGAAACGGCAAAGUCUGGUUUAUGAGGUGUUAGUUUUUAGUGCAAUCUGCGUGGUUAUGGAGGUCGAAAACUCUGCCGUCGAUGGGGAUUCGAAUCAGAGUAAUAGAGCCAAAGAACAUAAUGGUGAAGAUUUUAAUAAAUACAUGAAUGGAAUAAACGGUUAUUCUGACAAAAGCAAGAGCCAUAAAUCAGAUCACAAAGAUAAACAUAGAGAUAAAGAUAGGGAUAAGGAUAAACAUAGAAGUAAAGAACAUAAGAGCUCCAGUAGGGAUAAGGAUAAGGAAAAACAUUCCAGUUCAAAAGAGAAGGACAAAGAUCGACAUAGCAGUUCACAUAAAUCAUCAAGCAAAGACAAAGAUAGGGAAAAAAGUAAAGAUAAGCAUCGGGACAAAGAAAGGGAAAAAAAUAAAGACAAAGAGAGAGACCAGGAUCGUCAUAGAGAUGAUAAAAAAUCUUCAAGCUCCAGUUCUUCUAAAGAUAAGGACAGGGAUCAGAAAAGUUCAAAAGAAAAGGAGCAUAAAUCAAGCUCGCGUGACAAAGAUAGGGAUAAAGAGAAGCGUGAUAAAGAUAAGGAGAGAGAACGUGAAAAAGAGAGGUCUAAAGAAAGUUCUUCAAAGGACAAGGAUAAGUUAAAGCACAGUGGUUCUAAGGAUAAGCACAGAGAUAAGGAUAAACAUUCUAGUUCGAAAGAUAAGGAUCGGAAAGAUAGAGACAAGGACAAAAAGCACAAGAAGGACAAAGAAAGGGAUGUGACAGAGACAUCUCAAAUAGCUGAAAUUGAAGAAUAUAACCUGGGAAUGGAAAUAAAGCAAGAUUAUUCCAGUCAACAAAUCAACUAUAAGCAAGAAGAUGCUAGUACUGAUGAUGAUGAUGACAAACUUAUUAUCAAAGAUGAGCCAUCUAGCCAAGAUGAAGCAGAAGCUCCCAAUAAUUUUUCUCAGGCCAGCAGUUGCGACUAUAAUAUGUCCCAAUUUGACCGCAAUGAAUCUGCCUUUGAAUAUUCUGACGAGGAAAGAAAUGGUAAUUUAGAAAAUAGUCAGGAUGAGGACUUUAAAGUGAAGCAAGAGAAACAAGAAGAAGACAGUGAGGAAGAUAUUCCUUUGGCUUCGAGAAUGUCCAAUUCAAAAAGAAAAUUGGAAUCAGAGGAGGAGGAAGAUGAUGAGGAUGAUGUGCCCCUCAUGGCAAGAAAGAAGAUUAAAAAGGAGAAAAGUGUGAAAAAAGAGAAAAGUAAGAAAAAGCGAGAUUUAUCGGAAGAUGAGGAUGUGUAUUGUAAGCCUGAGAAAAAAAAGAAAAUUAAAAAAGAAAAGGGGAAAGUGAAACAAGAAAUCAAGACUGAAAAUGAAAGUCCUAAAAAGAAGAAAAAGAAAGAGGAAGACGAACAGGAAGUUUGGAAAUGGUGGGAAGAAGAGAAGAAAGAUGACGGAGUAAAAUGGAAUUUCUUGGAACACAAGGGGCCCGUGUUUGCCCCUCCAUAUGAACCCUUGCCUGAUAACGUAAAAUUCUUCUAUGACGGUAAAGAGAUGAAACUCAGCCAAGAUGCUGAGGAGAUUGCCGGAUUUUAUGCGAAAAUGCUUGACCAUGAUUACACAACCAAAGAUGCCUUUAAUAAGAACUUUUUCUCGGAUUGGAGGAAAGCGAUGACAUCAAAGGAACAGGAGGUGAUCAGGGAUUUGAGAAAGUGCAACUUUAAACAGAUGCACGCUUACUUCAUGGACUUGGCAGAAAAGAACCGGAAUCGCACCAAGGAAGAAAAAAAAGCAUUGAAAGAAAAGAAUGAAGAAAUGGCCAAGGAGUAUGGCUUUUGUGUAAUAGACGGACACAAGGAGAAGAUCGGAAAUUUUAAAAUAGAACCGCCCGGCUUGUUCAGGGGCAGAGGUGAGCAUCCGAAAAUGGGCAAACUCAAGAGGCGCGUCGAAGCUGAAGAUAUCAUAAUCAACUGUAGCCAAGAUUCGAAAAUUCCCGAGCCGCCAAAGGGGCACCGGUGGCGGGAAGUUAGACAUGACAACAAAGUGACCUGGCUCGCGUCUUGGACGGAAAACGUGCAGAACCAAGUGAAGUACAUAAUGUUGAACCCCAGUUCGAAGCUAAAAGGCGAAAAGGAUUGGCAGAAGUACGAGACCGCGCGGAGGCUGCACAAGUGCGUCGACAAGAUCCGGGAAAAUUACCAAGCCGAUUGGAAAUCUAAAGAAAUGAAAGUUCGUCAACGGGCGGUCGCUUUAUAUUUUAUCGAUAAAUUAGCCUUGAGAGCGGGCAACGAAAAGGACGAGGACCAAGCGGACACGGUAGGCUGCUGUUCCUUAAGGGUUGAGCACAUUGAGCUCCACGAAGAAAAGGAUGGCAAGGAAUAUGUUGUGGUGUUUGAUUUCCUUGGUAAAGACUCGAUACGUUACUAUAACGAGGUCCCCGUUGAGAAGCGCGUGUUCAAAAAUCUCACACUCUUCAUGGAAGGGAAGAAGAACGGCGACGACCUCUUCGACAGGUUGAACACGUCGAUAAUGAACAAACAUUUGAACGAUCUGAUGGAAGGCCUAACUGCCAAAGUGUUCCGUACUUACAACGCCUCGUGGACGCUCCAACAGCAGCUAGAUCUGUUGACCAACGAGGACGACACCGUCGCCGAAAAGAUCCUCUCAUACAACAGGGCAAACAGGGCGGUGGCCAUUCUUUGUAACCAUCAACGGGCGGUGCCAAAAGGCCACCAAAAAUCAAUGGAAAAGCUGAAGGAGAAGAUUCAGGAUAAGAGGACGCAGAUAAAGGAAGCGGAACGGCAGGUGAAGGAUGCGCAGCGGGACGCCAAACACGGUAGCGUCAAGGAGAAGGUCGUAUAUGAUAAGAAGAAGAAAAUGUUGGAGAGACUCAAGGAGCAGCUCACCAAGUUGGAAAUUCAGGAGACGGACAGGGACGAAAACAAAACGAUCGCUUUGGGCACCUCGAAACUGAACUAUCUCGACCCAAGGAUAAGCGUCGCGUGGUGCAAAAAAUACGGCGUCCCCAUCGAGAAAAUUUACAACAAGACGCAACGCGACAAGUUCCGGUGGGCGAUCGACAUGGCCGGACCAGAUUACCGCUUCUAAGGUGGGACACGCCCCCUUCGCGCCGGUAAGACUCACUGCGGGACAAUACGCGGCGGACAAAGUGUUAGGCAAUUAGUAAUAGGAAAAAUAAUUGGACGAUAGUUGUAAUUUCUUUGUGGGUGGCUAACCAAACGAACCCCUAUCGAAUUUACGAAGGAAAAGUGAGCGUAAUAUACAGUGCUUAUAAAAAGUGUGGAAAGAUGUAUAUCGUUUUAUGAAAAAAUAUCGUUGGUCAUGGAAAAGUGGUGAACGCACAUUUUCCUCAGGUCAACGAAUUCGUUGCCAAGGAAAAUAUCAAAUUAGCAAAAAAUAAUGCAUAUAGUUUUCAUCGUUCAUGUGCGGGACGAAGCAUGCCGACGAUCCAAAAAUAAUCUUAACAUAAUCAGGAAGAUACAUCCAAAUUCAUCUACAAUCAUGCUGCAAGCGGGGAAAGAAAUAGGAGCACAGAAAUUUUUUAUUUUAUAAUUGUGAAGAGGCUAUGGGCUUGAGGACAUGCUAAUGGGUUUGUUCACCUAAUCGGUGCACGAAACAGUUUCUUAGUAUUUAUUGGGUCUUGCUACCCCUUAAAAAUGUUUUUAUUAUACAUAAUAUUGAAUGGGAUCUUUGGUCCGUCAACACUGAUUAAUACCAAAUUUGAUGGUUUAUUUUUUAUGAAUUUAUUUAUUUAUUGAUAAAAUUUAAGUUAAGUAAAUUGAAUUUCACAAUUCGAAAGUAAAAUUAAAUCUAAUCGAACAUUUCACAAUACCUGGGAAUAUUUCCAUACUUUUGACUCGCACGUAUAUUAAUCGUUUUUUUUUUUUUUUUCGACUUCUCGAUUAAACUUUAUCGCGUCGUGCAAUAAGGGGGAGAAUUUUGGUUCAAGUGAUGACUCGGUUAGCGUCACAGGACCCCACCCCCACCACUCCCGCUCCGUUGUUCCGCCAAAUUAUUUAAGGUUAAAUUAUUAGCGAAUGUGAUUUAAAAAAAAAAUUAUCAACCGAUUAUAUUACAAAAAUGUCGAAAGUGUGUCGUGUAAUAUGAAUAAAAGUGAUUGUACAAAAAAGAAGUGAAACAACCAUCGGAUAUCAUUUUUACCACUUUCUAUUUUCAUUAUGAUUCCUUAUUAUUUUAGUGAUUGUAUAUUUUAUAAUCGUUCGGGUGGACCGCGUUUUAUGUACUUGACAACUUCAUUUUUCAAGAAAAAAAAAAUGUUUACUGUAAAGUAAAAAGUAUUGUGUAGAAGUCUGUAUAUUACAGAUUUUUGUCUAAAUAAAAGCACCUUGCCAAAA